ACGUGGGCCCGUUUGCCCUUUGGUGACGGAGUGGUGUAUAUGGCCGCGUCCGUCAGAAACAUGGCGUUAACGGUCACACAACGUUUGUGGAUUUCUCACGAAGUUGCCAGUUUAGCUAGACGUAUAUCCACUGUUGGAGCAUGUUUACGAGCAGAGAACAGAACACCUGGAGAAAGGACAGGAAUAGUGGAAUCUAGCGAGGAGUACAGGUUUGUAGAGAGGCUAAUUCCUCCAACGUGUAUACCCACCCCACACAAAUAUGAUGGAUCUGCCCCGUCUGGAUGGACCCCACCAUCGGAGGUGCCUCCUGCACUACCAUACAUGAUCCGGCGCUCCAGAAUGCACAACGUCCCUGUUUAUUCAGAUAUCAAACAUGGCAAUCAAAAGAGCACUCUCCUUCGCAAGGUGGAAGGAGAUAUUUGGGCUUUGAACAAGGAUGUAAAGGAGUAUCUGCAGCAGCUCACAGGCAAAGAGCUGCCGACACAAGUUAAUGAAGUUACGGGGACCAUUCGCAUUAAAGGCCAGUUUGACAAAGAGAUUAAGGAGUGGUUAGUGAAAAAAGGGUUCUGAAUAGGACUUGGAGUGAAAGACAACAAAGACACUGCUAACUGCUGCAAUUACUGAAAAGCAAGUGACACACAUUGGAGCAAAUUCUAAUUAUGUAUUUCUUGACAUGCAAAUACAACUGUUUUGAUGCAUAUGAAGAACUGAAACAAAUAAAAGGAUUCAAUCGCA